ACACCUACACACAUUCCUCCCAGACUCGGAACAGCAACGUUGUAGAGGGAGACUUUUGGGGGAGAGUGAGUGAGAGUAAAAAGAUGUUUCUGCGUGCGGUGGCGCGGCCGUUGAUGGCGAAGGUGAAGGCUUCGACGGGGAUCGUGGGGCUGGACGUGGUGCCGAACGCGAGGGAGGUGCUGAUUGGGCUGUACAGCAAGACGCUGAAAGAGAUCCAGAAGGUUCCCGAAGAUGAAGGGUACCGCAAGGCCGUGGAGAGCUUCACCAAGCACAGGCUCGGCGUGUGCAAGGAGGAGGAGGACUGGGAGAACAUCGAGAAACGCCUCGGCUGCGGCCAGGUCGAGGAGCUCAUCGAAGAGGCUCAGGACGAGCUCAAGCUCAUUUCCUACAUGAUCGAGUGGGAUCCUUGGGGUGUUCCAGAUGAUUAUGAAUGUGAGGUGAUUGAGAAUGAUGCACCAGUUCCCAAGCAUGUUCCUCUCCACCGACCUCCUCCUCUCCCAACAGAAUUUCACAAGACGCUAGAGGCACUUACAGGGAAAGAUACUCCGGCUGCCAGCUCUAGUGAAUCACCCUCAAAGGCAUGAAUUGCAUCCACAUUAGAGCUUUGGUUUCUCAAUGAGUAUAUGCUUCUUUUCUUUGUAUUGAACUUGUUUGCGUGAAGUAGUUUCAGACUCCUAAAUAACAAGAAUGGUAUGGAAUAACUAGAAUUAUGCAUGAAAUGACUUUGUUCUCAGAUCCAUAAUUAAUAAUAUUCAGAAUUUCUGUUUGAUCUAUUAAAA